GUGAUUUCACCAAUUUAUUAAUUAGUCACUUUUUAUCAACAUUCGAAAACAGGAACUCUCUGUUUCUCUCUCUAUCUAUUGACUAUAUAUACAAAUACCAACACUUGAUUGUUUCAAAGCAACCUUGAGUCUUCAGAAUUUUAUUGAAAUUUUUAUAUCUCCAUCUCUCUUUCUCUUCUCAAACCAAAAGCUUAUUUUUUUCAUCCCAAAGAUCAAAGCUCGUCAUGGCCGUUCGUCUACUUCCGACCAUCUGGCUCUUCAUAGUCAUCGCCGUCAUCGUCUCAGCCUUGCCUUCGCCGGUCUCUUCAAGAAAGCUGUUGGAGAUAAAGAAACAAGAAAACUUGACGGUGAGAGAGGAAGAUAAGAGUCACGUGCCUCACGUAACCAAGACUAGUACCUUGACUGCCCUGCCAAAGGGCAAAAUCCCAAACUCCUCGACGCCGAGCAAAAGGGGUCACGCCGAAGUCUACUCCGGAAAACUCCGAUCUCGACAUCUCUCCACCGUUGAUCGGUUUCUCCAAUCCGUUCCUAGCCCCGGCGUUGGCCAUUAAUUAAUAGUCUCCCGGCUGCUAGACACAUAUUUCAUUUUUGGUUUCUUUCUUUUUCUUUUUUUUUCAACUUAGUACAUUCUUUAUUCUUAACUAUAUAUAAUACGAAAUUUCCUUCGAGGUAGAGACUUUUGUUUUAGGAUUUUACAAAUGUUUUUUUUUCUUUGAAAGAAAAAUAGAAACAACAUACAUUUUUCCAGGUAACUAUAAUUUUAGUUAUGUAAAAUAUUCAAAAGUUUAUUGUUGAA